GCGCGCCUGCCGCCUCUUCCAGCAGCAAGAAGGCUCCGGUGCCCUCCUGCCCAGCCCCGCCACUUCCCCGCAGCUCCACAACCCCCGAGCUUCCCUCUCCGGCUCCGCCUUUCUCUUCUCCCGUCUUCGCCGGCCGGGCCGGACUGGGCCUGGGAGGCCGGGUCGGGCCGUGGCGCCACAGCCGGAGCCGGAGCGGGCCGUGCCCACGUCCGUGCUCACGUCCGUGUCCGUGCUCAUGUCCGUGUCCGGGCGGCCGGCGCCCCCCGUCACGCGGCAGGUAGGCAGAGCACUUGGCGGCGAGCCGCGGCCGGAGCUGGAGGCGGAGGAGCUGCGAGCGGCGGCCCGCUGCCUGGUGCUGGAUGCGGACGGCAGGAGCCUCUCCUUCAGGGCCCUGUACGGGGAGCGAAAAGCCAUCGUGGUCUUCGUGCGGAAUUUUUUAUGUUACACCUGUAAGGAGUAUGUAGAAGACCUGGCAAAAGUCCCCAAGGAAUUUUUACAAGAGGCAAACGUGAGGCUUAUAGUUAUUGGACAGUCAUCUUAUCAUCACAUCAAGCCCUUUUGCAGUUUAACUGGGUAUACACAUGAAAUGUAUGUUGAUCCACAAAGGCAAAUUUAUAAAGCACUUGGCAUGAAAACAGGUGAAGGUAAUAAUGUAUCAGCACGGAGCCCUCACGUGAAAUCAAAUGUGCUCCUGGGAAGCAUUAAGAGUAUGUGGAGAGCUAUGACUGGCCCAGCUUUUGAUUUUCAAGGAGACCCCGCUCAGCAGGGAGGAGCUUUAAUUUUAGGCCCAGGCCAUGAAGUUCAUUUUUUCCACCUUGACAAAAAUAGGCUGGACCAUGUUCCCAUUAACACAGUUUUGCAGCUGGCAGGAGUUAAAACAGUGAAUUUUACAAACCAACCCCAGGUUAUUGACAUAUGACACUGACACAAUACAGAAUUUUUUUGUUUGUUUGUGCUCCACAAGAAAAAUUCUUCAGUGAAUUCCCACCAGCAUCUUUGUGGGACGUCUGAAGUCUAAUACAGAAAAUCAGAGCACAGAAUAAACUACCUAGCACUGAAGAUGGACACAGAGAAGUGCUAGAAGACAAAAAAAACUAAACCACAACUGAGGCUUAUUGCAAAAAAUCCUAUAGCUUACUAUUUCCUCAUCAAACAAUCUUGAUAAUAUAUUUUUAAAAAUUCUGUUCAAGAUGCACCAAACUAAAACAUCUGGUUUUGCUGAGGUAGAACUUGGGAUCCUUGCCCUCAGCACAUCACACUGGCUUUUAAUCCAGUACUUCUUAGCGAUAUUUUAAAGCUUCCCAGCACCGUAUGACAAUCUUGUAUUAAAGUAUAUGUUGAAAAAAUCUGCAUUUUGAACACUGAGACUUAAGCUUAUGCCUACUUUUUCACCUGACACAGACAAGCAUUAUGAAAUACAUUUUAUAGUCUUAAAUAAAUAUUUUAAAUACA